AUGUUUCAUUUAAGUUUCACUCGGCGCAAAAAUCCCGUUAUCUUCAAGCAGGGGCAGGGUAUGUUCUCACACCAACUGAAACGUCUGCUGCAGAAGAAGGCGAUUCACCGAUACAACUGGGAUCCUCUCCCAAUGUACGACCCACGCAAACUAGUGCACGCGAAUCGCCGUGUUGACCCGGAGACAUGGCAGGAGGUGUACGAUCCACACUGGGAUGAGCGUGCGCACCUGGUACCAGAUCAGGUGUAUUAUCACAUCCCUGUUCCACCCGAGUACAAGGACGCCUAUUGGUGGAGAGAUCUUCAGGCACGCCGCGUGCAGUGUCCCGUGGAGUGGGUGAGUCAUCGGAUGUACAACAAGGGCGAUCGGCAGCGCUACGAUUUCCAGGACCUGUCGUUUCGGAAAAAGUUUGAGUAUUCCUACGAGGAGGUAGUAAAGAAUGCGAAAGAUAUGCGGAGCUGA